AUGCGCAAGCAGCUCGACCCCCGCAUCCCGACGCUCAUCAACAAUAAUGUCAAGACGAAUCACCGCAGCUUUAUCGUACUCGUAGGAGACAAAGGACGCGAUCAAAUUGUCAACCUACACUUCCUACUCUCGCAAGCGCGUGUAUCGGCUAGACCGAGCGUGCUUUGGUGCUACAAGAAGGAUCUUGGGUUUACCAGUCACCGCAAGAAACGCGAGGCUAAAAUCAAGCGCGACGUCAAGCGCGGCAUCCGGGAAGCAAACGAGCAGUCGCCCUUCGAGAUCUUCGUGACCGUAACCGACAUUCGAUACACCUACUACAAGGAGUCCCACAAAAUUCUCGGGCAGACAUAUGGAAUGCUCGUCCUGCAAGACUUCGAGGCUCUUACGCCGAACCUACUCGCGCGAACGAUUGAGACGGUUGAGGGUGGAGGACUCGUCGUGCUACUGCUCAAGACUAUGAGCAGUCUGCGCCAGCUGUACAAUAUGACUAUGGACGUACACAAACACUACACGACGGCAGCCAAUACGAGUGUGGUCCCUCGGUUCAACGAGCGCUUCAUCCUCUCGCUCGGCGCGUGCGACGACUGUCUCGUACUCGACGACGAGCUGAACGUACUUCCCAUCUCCCGUGGGAAGGACAUCGUUGCGCUGGAGGACGAUCGCGGAAAGGGCCGUGCAGGUGCCGCGUCGGAGCUCGCAGACCUUCAAGAGUCGUUGCAGGAUACGAAGCCGGCCGGUGACCUCGUGAAAUUGGCGAAGACGACGGAUCAAGCGCGCGCAUUGCUCACGUUCGUCGACGCCAUCGCGGAGAAGACACUCAGCAGCACCGUCACGUUGACGGCCGGACGUGGUCGCGGCAAGUCUGCUGCUCUCGGACUUUCCAUCGCUGCGGCGCUUGCGCACGGCUAUGCAAAUAUCUUCGUCACGAGUCCAAGUCCGGAGAACUUGAAGACCCUCUUCGAGUUCGUAUUCAAGGGCCUCGACGCGCUCGGAUACGAGGAGCAUCUCGACUACGACAUCGCGCAGAGCACAAACCCCGAGUUCAACAAGGCCAUCGUCCGCGUGAACGUCUUCCGCGCCCACCGACAGACGAUACAAUACAUCCAACCGCAGGACGCACAUGUGCUUGGGCAGGCCGAGCUUGUCGUGGUUGAUGAAGCCGCUGCCAUACCACUUCCGCUGGUCAAGAACCUCAUGGGUCCUUACCUCGUCUUCCUCGCCAGCACUAUCAACGGCUACGAAGGAACGGGGCGUUCUCUCUCCCUCAAACUCAUCCAGCAACUCCGCGAAAGCACAAGACCGUCGCUCACCAAGGACGUUGCGCUCACCGAUGACCCUGCCGCUGCGACAAGCUCAUCGAAGAAGGCUGCCCACGCUGCACCUUCACGCGUGCGGUCACUACGCGAGAUCAAGCUAGAGACGCCCAUCCGAUAUGGCGCAGGUGACCGCGUCGAAGCAUGGUUGAACAAGCUGCUGUGUCUGGACGCAGGCAGCGGCGCACGCCCUCUCGCUCAGGGCACGCCCCACCCCUCUCAGUGCGAGCUCUUCUAUGUCAGCAGGGACACGUUGUUCUCUUUCCACGCCGCGAGCGAAGCGUUCCUCCAACGUAUGAUGGCACUCUACGUUGCGAGCCAUUACAAGAACAGCCCGAACGAUCUGCAGCUUAUGUCCGACGCCCCGGCACAUCACUUGUUCGUGCUAUUGCCACCGCUGAAGGAGGAUGAUGCCCAUCUACCCGAACCGCUCGUCGUUUUGCAGGUCGCGUUGGAGGGCAACAUCUCGCGUGCGGCGAUCCUGGAUAGUCUGGGGAGGGGUAUGAGGCCCGGCGGGGAUAUGAUUCCUUGGAUAGUAGCACAACAGUUCCAGGAGAGCAGGUUCGCACAGAUGAGCGGGGCGCGUGUGGUCCGCAUUGCAGCACAUCCGGAUUACGCGGGCAUGGGCUACGGCCGGCGCGCACUCGACGCUCUGAACGCGUACUACAGCGGCGAGUACUUCUCGCUCGACGAGUCGGUGCGCGAGGAAGCAAUGUAUCCGGACGCCGCUGCCGUCGAAGAAGGAACGAGUCUCCUGGAGGAUAAGCCGAGGGUGAGGGGCGCCAACGAGAUGCCACCGUUGCUGAUGAGGCUGACGGAGAGGAAACCGGAGACGUUGGAUUACUUGGGUGUCUCGUAUGGCCUUACGAGUCAGCUGUUGAGGUUUUGGAAGAGGGCGGGGUAUAUCCCGCUGUAUAUCCGCCAGACGCAGAGUGAACUUACUGGCGAGCAUACGUGCUUGAUGAUCCGCGGGCUGAAGUCCGCGGGACCGAAUGAUCUGGAGUGGUUGGGCGAGUUUGCGAAGGACUUCCGCCGUCGCUUUGUACAACUGCUUUCAUACAAGUUCCGCGAAUUCGGCGCCGUGCUUGGUCUUAGUGUUCUUGAGGCUGCGAACUCCGGCGUCGCCUUACUCUCCACCCCGCCAUCUCCGUUGACGGUCUCUGAACUCGACUUCAUGCUCUCGCCUUUCGACUUGAAGCGUCUUGAGGCAUACGCGGCCAACCAGCUCGACUAUCAUGUCGUACUCGAUCUCCUCCCUGCACUCGGCUCGCUCUACUUCGAAUCCCGACUCGGCGCGGACGUCCGUCUGAGCGCGAUUCAGGGCGCGAUCCUUCUCGGAAUGGGAUUACAAAGGAAGAGCGUCGAGGAGGUCGAAAGCGAGCUUCAGCUCCCCGUAUCACAGACUCUUGCGCUGUUCGUCAAGCUCAUCCGGAAGAUCACCAACCGGUUGCAGGAGCUGAAGAAGGAAGCUAUCGCCGCGGACAUCCCUGACAAGUCCGCCGCACCAGCUCUACCGGUAGCAGAGAAGCCAAAGGAGGGAGCGGCUAAGGCCAUUGAGAUGGAGCUGGACCAGGCGGGCGAUGCUGCAACGUCUGCAUUACGCGAGAAGCAGCGAGCGAUGCUCGAUUCUCUCGACUUGUCCAAAUAUGCGAUUGACGAUGGCGCUGCAGAUUGGACGGCCGCAGAGGCGCAUGUGCGUUCUGGUGCUGGGAAGGAAGGCCGCGCCUCGGUUAUCAGCGUGAAGACCAAUGCUCCGGCGAAGAGGAAAGCGGAGGCCGAACCUGAGCAGAGUGGCGGAGAGAAGAAGAAGAAUAGGAGGAGUAUGGGGAAGAAAGCAAAACACUGA